AUGUCACUAAAGCGCAAGCACUCCAACGAUGAAGCUGAUACUGGAGAGGCAGACCUUUUCCAGUCAGAGCCAAUCGAAGAUCGCAAGAGCACAUUCGUGGCCUACUUCUCGCCAAGUUUGAAGCCGAAAGACCUUCAGAACCUCCCAGUCAUCGCCAAUGCAGAUCACAAGAUACUGGCCUGGCGCAAAGAGUCGAAUCAGCAAUCGAUCACGAAGGCAAAACAAUAUGUGACCGGCUCUGAUGAUGAUGGCGAGAAAUAUGCUGGAAAGAAGGUCGAGAAGGUCCUGGAAGCUCUACAGGCAGAAGGCGCUUGUGUUGUCGCUCGAUGGUGGGGAGGUAUCAUGCUAGGUCCUGUGAGGUUUACACACAUAGAGAGUUGUGCGAGAGAUGCCGUUCGAGAGUGUCAAACCCAGCGUGCCGAAGCUCAGAUGAAGAAGAGGCGAAUGGAGCAAGAGAAAGUUGAACACGCCCAGCUGGCGAAGGCGCUCGUCGAACAUCCGCCAAAGACGGAGAUCCCAACUUCCAGUGCGAAGCCGGCUAUGGACUACACGGCUAUGCCACUUGAUCGACUGAGAGCGCUAGACAAGGCAAGAGACGCUACAAUAGGCUUUUUGCUCAAGAGAAUCGACAAAGCUGAAGCGGAUCUUGCGGCCAUGAACGAGGAAGAUGAGUCGCCGAAAGAGUGA